AUGGUACCAGUGUCAAAAGGUAAGAAUAUAAAAACUCAACCACCUUUGAGCAAGAUGAGCAGGGAAGAAUUGGAAGACCGUUUGUUUCGUCUUCGUGAAGAGCACUUGUUGCUGAAGGAGCUUUCUUGGAAGCAACAGGAUGAAAUGAAAAGCAAUGCUAUGCAAGUAGAAGAACCACCCAAGUCUUCUGAGAAAAUGUGGUCCAUAGAUGAAGAUUUUGAACAGAGAAGCUCUCUGGAGUGUGCUCAGAAGGCCACAGAGCUUCGAGCUUCUAUUAAGGAGAACAUAGAGCUGAUUCGACUUAAGAAGCUCUUACAUGAAAGGAAUACUUCCUUGAUAGCGACAAAAGCACAAUUAUCAGAAGUUCAAAAGGCGUAUGAAACUCUGCUCCAGAAGAAUCAGGGUGUCUUGAGUGCAGCCCAUGAUGCCCUCCUUAGCCAAGUGAAUGAGCUUAAGGCAGAGCUGAAGGAGGAAAGCAAGAAAGCUGUGAGCUUGAAGAGCCAGCUGGAAGAUGUGUCCAUCCUGCAGAUAACACUGAAGGAGUUUCAGGAAAGAGUUGAAGAUUUGGAAAAAGAACGAAAAUUGCUGAAUGACAAUUAUGACAAACUCUUAGAAAACAUGCUGGACAGCAGUAAUCAGCCCCACUUGAGCGAUGAGCUUGUAGGAGAACAGCUACAGCAGAAAGUCUCUGAGUUGCAGGAUCAGCUGGAUGCUGAACUGGAGAAGAGAGAAGUCUUACUUCAGCUGUCCAAUGAGAAAGCUCAAAACAAGGAUUUGAAUCUUGAAGUCACCGAUCUACUUCAGAAGCAAAACCAGGAAGUACAGAUCCUUCAAAAUACAGACACAAUUUCCCAAUCUCCUGACAAACAAUCUGACCCAGCUACUCCCCCAGCUCUAUUCCAAGAGGACACUCAGAUAGAGCCCUGUGAACCAAACAACCAUGAAGAAAAGAAACUGUCCCAGAUGUUAAGUGAGUUGCAAGUAUCGCAUGCAGAAACCAUAUUGGAACUAGAAAAGACCAGAGACAUGCUUGUUCUGCAGUGCAAAAUCAACGUGUGCUAUCAGGAGGAACUGGAGGCAAUGAUGACAAAAGCCAAUAAUGAAAAUAAAGAUCAUAAAGAAAAACUGGGGAGGUUGAAUCAACUCCUGGACCUCAAGAACGAUCGUAUCAAGCAGCUGGAAGGUAUUUUAAGAAGCCAUGGCCUUCCACUAUCUGAACAGCUCAAAGAUGUGGCUUAUGGUACCCGACAGAUGUCAUUACAUAUGGAAACAUUGCCAGCCCACAGAGAUGAGGAUGAAGUGGACAUUUCUCUGCUGCGUCAGAGUGAGAAUCUUUUUGAGCUGCAUAUCCACCAGGCCUUCCUGACAUCUGCUGCCCUGGCUCAGGCUGAAGAUACUCAACCUACCACUUUCUGCACCUAUUCCUUCUAUGAUUAUGAGACCCACUGUACCCCACUAGCUGUGGGACCACAGCCCCUGUAUGACUUCACCUCACAGUAUGUGGUAGAGUUAGAUUCCCUUUUCUUGCACUACCUUCAAGGGGCUUCAGCCCGACUUGAUCUCCACCAGGCUCUAGCCAGUGAGUACCACACCCUUGCAACUGGAUGGAUUUGCUUUGACAGGGUGCUGGAGACUGUAGAGAGCGUCCAUGGCUCUGCCACACUUAUUGGAGCUCAUGGAGAAGACUUCGGGGUGCUAGAAUACUGGAUGAAGCUGUAUUUCCCCAUAAGAGCCAGUCUACAGGCAUGCAAUAAGCAAAAGAAAGCCCAGGCCUACCUGUCAGCCAAUGUGCUUGGAGCCUGGGAGGCCCAGGAGAAUGAGUCCAGAUCAAAGACUUGGAAGCAUCAUAACGAGCUGCGGGUGGAAAUCACCAGAUGUUGCGGCCUCCAGAGUCGAUGGCUGGGAACCCAACCCAGUCCGUAUGCCAUGUACCGCUUCUUUACCUUUUCUGACCAUGACACUGCCAUCAUUCCAGCCAGUAACAAUCCCUACUUUAGAGACCAAGCUCAAUUCCCAGUGCUUGUGACGUCUGACCUGGAUCAAUAUCUGAGGCGGGAGGCCCUAUCUGUGUAUGUUUUUGAUGAUGAAGACUCAGAGCCUGGCUUGUACCUCGGCAAAGUCCAAGUGCCUUUGCUGCCUCUGGCACAAAACAAAUCCAUUAAAGGUGAUUUUAAUCUCACUGACCCUGCGGGGAAACCCAAUGGAUCUGUUCAGGUGCAGAUGGAUUGGAAGUCCUGUUACCUACCCCCAGAGAGCUUCUUGAAACCAGAAGCUGGGACUGAGGAGAACGACACCAAGAAUAGUUCAGAAAUAUCAUCCGAAGAGGAAAAGUUUUCCUUUCCUCCCCAGGACAAGGUGGUACCUGCUGAGAUUCCCAUUGAAGCUGGCCAGUAUCCAGCUAAGAGAAAACCUCCUCAGCCGGGAGAAAGAAAGGAAAGGGAACACCAGGUUGCAAGCUACUCAAGAAGAAGACAUGGCAAAAGAACAGGGAUCCAAGGAAAGAACAGAAUGGAGUAUCUUAGUCGUAACAUCUUAACUGGGAAUACACUACAGCAGGUGGACUACACUGAAUGGAAGUUCUCAGGACUUCAGAUCUCCAUAGAUGACGAUUUUAAAAAUCAGCAGAAAGAAGAGGAGAUAACAUCAUCCCCUUCAGCACUGAUACAGAAGGAAGCCCUACAUUCUGUAAAUGAUAAAGAAUCCUGUGAACAAGCUUCUGAAAUCAGUGAAGCACAAACUACAGACAGUGAUGACAUAGUGACAUACGUAUCUCAGAAAUGUCCGAAGCCAGAUUCAGAGAAGAUGUGCAUUGAAGUUGUCAGCCUGGCCUUCUACUCAGAAGCUGAAGUUAUGUCUGAUGAGAACAUAAGACAGGUGUACGUGGAGUAUAAAUUCUAUGAUCUACCCUUGUCAGAGACAGAGACUCCAGUAUCCCUGAGGAAACCGAAGGCAGGAGAAGAGAUCUACUUCCAUUUUAGCAAGGUGAUAGACCUGGACCCACUGGAACAAAAAAGCCGAAGGCAAUUUCUAUUCACCAUGCUGAAUGGACAGGAUCCUGAGCAAGGACGUUUCAAGUUUACUGUGGUAAGUGAUCCUAUGGAUGACGAAAAGAAUGAAUGUCAAGAAGUAGGAUAUGCAUAUCUGGAACUGCGGCAGAUCAUGGAAUCAGGAAGAGACAUUCUAGAGCAAGCGCUAGACAUUGUUAGCCCUGCAGAUCAGGCCACCCCGAUAGGAAGUCUGAAGGUGUCCCUUCAAGCUGCUGCCGCCUUCCAUGCUAUUUACAAGGAGAUGACUGAAGAUUUGUUUUCAUGAUGAAAGAAGUGCUAUUCUAUUCUAAACUCUGAAGGAACCAAAGUAAAAAGUCUCUUAUAAAGUAACUUACUAUACCAUGAAUUUGGUUUACUGUGAUGUCUAGUAUCUCUCAACCUAAUGAUGAAAGCUUAGAAUAUGAAAGUUUAUUUU